CACACACAGCCUUAGGGAAGUACACAAAAAUCCCUGUUGUAAUGGUCAUAUGAUUGUUGUUAAUAUAAGCUUUAAGCUUGUGUGCUGUGUUACAGAGAGCAAAUAUUUUUUCAUUGUUUUCAGACAAAAGUUUAAAUUACACCAUGAGGGUUUUUCUCCUGUUCAUUCUAAUGACAAAUGGCCUUCUCUUCAGUUAUGCAUUGCAGCCACUUGGAAAAGGUUACAACAGCCGCUGCAUGUGUCUGCAGCUAGAGACCAGGAUCAUCCCUCCCCACAGCCUCCGAAGUGUAGAGAUCAUCAACAGAGGUUCUCAUUGCAAAAACAUAGAGGUCAUUGCUGGCUUGGUGAGUGGAGAGAGGAUUUGUCUGAAUCCUCGGACUGUAUGGGUUAAGAAGCUUGUUCACUUCAUUGAAAAGAAAAAAAAUGAGACAAAGAAAUUAUAAAGAGGACUUGAGAAGAACCUGAAGGCAUUAUUGGGUACAAUGACCUCUGACAUAUCCCACAAAAUGCCCUGUGGAAAGUAGUUGUCUGUGGCUUGGUUAAACAGAGAAAUUAUCCCUUUGUUCAAAUCAGUCUUUAAGCAAUUAUUCACUGCUGUGCUACAUCAUCUACUGGGCCCACUGACCCUAAAUGUUUUAAUACAUGGGUGUUUUGCCCACUGUUUAUACAUAUCUUGUCUUGAUAGCAGCUUAACAUUCUAAACUCAUUUACAGUCUGCCAUGACAGUGUAAAAUUUUUUAUUGACAAUAACAAAAAUAUUAAAUGUAUGCUUAUGUAUCUUA